AUGAGGUUAUCCUCUACGCAAAUAGCAUCAAGACAAGUCAUAAAUAAAGAUCUUCCGACGUUCUCCGGCAAGCCAGAAGAGUGGCCCCUUUUUAUCACCAGCUUCGAACAAUCAACCGAGCAAUGCGGUUUCACAGAUUCCGAGAAUCUUAUUCGGCUACAGCGAUGCUUGAAGGGGGUGGCACUAGAGGCAGUGAGGGGUAAAUUAAUGGCGCCUGCAACCGUAUGGCAGGCCAUUGAAACUUUACGUAUGCUUUAUGGGCGUCCAGACAUCAUAUGUCAUUCACUACAACGCAAGCUACGUCAAGAGCCAUUGGUAAGGUAUGACAAUCUGGAAACCCUAAUUCAGUUUGCACUUGCGGUACAAAAUUACUGCUGUACUCUGAAAGCCAUUGGCCUCUCUUCUUAUUUGAAUGAUCCGAUGCUACUUUCUGAGCUACUUUGCAAAUUACCAAGCGACUUGAAAUUAGAGUGGGGUAGAUAUAAGGUUUCACUGCUCCAUGCUGACAUAAGUGAGUUCGACUAUUGGCUUUUCAAAUUAGCGACGUGCGCUAGUCAAGUCGUCUCCGUAAGUAGUUCCGCCGAUGAAGUCAAAGUUAACAAUAAUCAAUUUAAGAAAAGGGUGCUCGUGCACGGCGUAGUCCACACCAACAGUGCCACAAGCUCUCAACCUUAUCGCCUUCAGUGCAGUGGUGAUCAUCGACUCGAGAAAUGCAAACAGUUUUGCGAUUUGUCUACCAACGAUAGGUGGUGCUUUGUUCGCGACAAUAAGCUAUGCAUCAGAUGCUUCCGCAAACAUUUCCUGAAGAACUGCCCAUUGCAUUGCGGUUGUGGUAUUGAUGGUUGCACAAAGCCACACCAUGUUCUGCUCCAUUCAAAUUAUUCGGUCAAUCCAAGCCAUAAAGCAGCUGUGAUGUUACAUAAGGAAGAGCACGCGACAAAGACAUUGUUGCGUUACGUUCCAGUAAUACUCUAUGGAAAAUCCAAGUGCAUAAAGACGUAUGCGUUAAUAGACGAGGGAUCCACAUGUACACUUUUGGAGAAACACAUUGCUGAAGAGCUUGGUUUGGAUGGUCCAUCUGAUGAGCUGUGUCUCAGGUGGACGGAUGAUAUAACACAGGUAGAGCCUAAAUCAAAAUGUGUUACCAUCGGGCUCUCUUCUACACAUGAAACGUCGCCUCGGUUUAAUCUUCGGAACAUACGCACAGUAGCUAAUCUUGAUCUUCCAAAGCAGUCGUUGUUACAAGAAGUACUCUCGUCGCACAGUCAUUUGCACAAUUUGCCUAUUGAACCAUAUGCUGGGGUGCGCGCUACACUGCUUCUUGGCGUCGACAAUGCAAAGAUCGGUGUCCCCCUCAAAGUGAAGGAAAUAGAAGGAGAUCAGCUCAUCGCAACUAAAUGUCGACUUGGUUGGUCAGUAUAUGGCCGCGGAGAGGGAGCUAAUGCCCUUUCGAAUAGGGUGAUGCACAUCUGCUCCUGUGUGUCAACUGAACGCAUGGAUGAAAUGUUAAAGGCUAAUUACGCGUUAGAGGCAGUUGGUAUUAGCAUGAAAGACGAACCACUGAAAUCCAAAGCAGAUGAACGGGCUCUCGCCAUUAUGCAAUCGACUACAAAGUACUUGGAAAAUGAAAAGCGUUGGGAAACGGGUUUAUUGUGGAAAUUCGAUAAAAUCGAUUUACCAAAUUCGUAUUCCAUGGCAUUGCAACGCCUAAGUUGUUUGGAAAAACGCAUGACCCGGGACCCACUCUUACGGAAUUUUCUCAACAAAAAAAUUCGUGAAUAUGAAGAUAAAGGAUAUAUUCGGAAAUUGACAAAAGAUGAGAUAUCUCAUGGAAAAAGGUCAUGGUUCAUUCCAAUUUUCACCGUAACGAAUAAAAAUAAAAAUAAGACAAGGCUCGUUUGGGAUGCCGCUGCCACCGUCGACGGUAUCGCUCUCAACACCUAUUUAAUGAAAGGACCCGACCUUCUGGCGUCUCUGGUUGGAAUACUUAUACGAUUUCGUGAGCGAGCAUUUGCAAUCACAGGAGACAUUCGCGAGAUGUUCCAUCAAAUUCGAGUGCGCAGCAAAGACCAAACCGCACAGCAGUUUUUGUGGCCACAUGGGAAUAGCUCUAGAGAUCCUGCAGCUGCUUAUCUAAGAGCCACCGUCAGUGGUAAGGUGAAAUGUUGUUUAGUGGCCUCGAAGUCGCGAGUGGCGCCACUAAAACCAGUUUCAAUACCGCGGUUAGAACUGAUGGGUGCCAUUUUGGGCUUGCGACUCGCAAAAUUUAUUAGAAAUGAAUUAACUUUGCCUAUCAGCGAGGAGGUGUACUGGACCGAUUCAAAGAACGUUCUUCACUGGAUCCGAUCAGACACUCGAAAGUUCAGUCAAUUUGUUGGCGUAAGAAUUGGAGACAUUUUGGAGUUAUCUAGCAUCAAUAACUGGAGGUGGGUGCCUUCAGCCGACAACGUUGCAGACGACGCCACAAAGUUGAAGCAGUGGUCGAAGUUGGAUGGAGAAUUGCGUUGGUUCCAAGGUCCUCAAUUCUUGACUUUGCCUUCCUGGGAGUGGCCAGAGACGAUUUUAGUGAACUCUGCAGAACAUGACUUAGUUCAUCACAUCGAGCUUAAUACAACACUUAGCUUCACAUCUUUUACGGAAGUUGUACCUCAUGUGUCGAGGUUCAGUAAGUGGGAGAAGCUGCGUGGUGCAACAAGAUGCGCUUUGCGGUUCCUUCGGUUAGUAAGCAGGAGACCAGGUAAAUCAGAGUUCGUUCAGAUGAUGUUGCAGGACACCACAGUAAACAGCGCCGAAGUUUUAAUUGUUCUUAUGUGCCAGAGUGAGACCUUCUGA